AUGAAGACAUUCGUCGUUAGCUGGGCGCUGGUGGUGGCCCUAUUGAUGGGGCCAGUGCUUGCCCGACCGAACCUAGUGGAACCGAUCUACCUCCGGAGGCGCAGCAAUCCGCUCGAGAUCAUCGAGGAGAGCAUCGAGUCUGGCAGCGCAGCGAACGGUUCCAGUCCUACCAGUAGCGACCAGAGCACCGAACAGCAGGCAUCAGUAUCCGGCGAGACGACCAACAUACCGCAACAAACAGCAGCCGCCGCCGCAGCAGCAUCAGCUGAUGCAGCCGAUAUCACCAUUGGCACCACUGGAACCGGUGGCAGUACCAGCGAACGAACGACCCACCAACCAAGCUACGCGUACAAGCGACCGAGUGAGCUGCUGAAAACGAAGAUCGGCACGUCCGGGUUUGUGGUGUCGACCAGCACCAAGGUACUGACGGGUGGUGAGCGUAGCCCAAGCUCCUCUUCCCUUUCGUUCAAAUCCGGCGAAGCGAAAGCGAACGAUCAGCUAACGCUCAGUUUUCAGGAUCGAUUUGCGGGCCAUGCCGGUGUCGCCGAGCCGCUAACCGACGAGGAAUACCAGAAUGAGCUACACCGAGCGACGGAACGUGUACCAGUGCGGACCACCACACCCCGUGAGGGUCUGUCCACUUGGGUUCUAUUGUCCGGUAGUGAUUCAACGGAAUCGAAAGCGGAAUCUACAAGUACCACGACCCGGAAGGCACAAAUUAUGCACACCAGUACCCCAAAACCAGCGGCCAUGGGUUCAACGACGAAGCGCUACCAAACACCGACGAUGCGUCGGAACCUACCGACCACUACCCAGCGUCCGGUGAAGACGACGACGACAACAUCGGUGGUUGAGGAGAAGAAGGAAAAACCAACGAAACCGAUCCCGAAACAAAAGGUAGCCACUACCACGCUGAAGCCCGUGAUUGUGAAGAAGGUUAAAAAAGGCGAUCCCGCUGCUGGCAUCCCGGUUGACAGCGAGAGCGACAGUUCCAUCGAGACGUCCACCUUCCUGAUCAUGGAACCGAAAGACGCCAUGUUCGAUCUACCCGAAGAUCGGUCACCCUCGAAGGUGGCACCGGUGGCCACCAAGACGAAGAAAGUAACCCGCAAACCGAACGCCAAAUCCCCAGCCACCGGCGGUGGUGGAGCAGCCGGAACGAAAAAGAAGCCAGCCAACAAGAAAAACCGCAAACCGGAGGUAAAGGAUGGUGUGGCGAAACCACCGAACAAGAACGGCGCCGCCAAACCCGUCUCGACGCAGAUCAUUAACUAUCUAUCCCGCGAGGUGAUGCCCACGGUCGGUGUGGGUUUGGUUGGACUAGUGAUGGCGGCCGGACUGGCAUCUUACUUCCUCGGCAGUCCACUGGGGGCGUUACGGCGCUCCGACGAUCGUAAGGACGAUCUGUACUACUCGAACUACGAGGAGUACGCCGGACCGGAUGGCCAGAAUGAGGAGGAUGUGUUUGGGAAGCUGAUCGCGGGUAUGCCAGAUCGUUCGUACUAUCGCAACAACGGCAACGUCCGCCGUCGCAUCCAACAACAACCGCAGCAGCAACAACAGCAACAAGCACCGGUCCGGACCGGGCAUCAAUACUACCACGUGCAACCGUACACGGGCAACAAGUAUCCCCACAUUACGUACCGCAAUCGGGCGUACGGUGGUGCCAACGCACCCGAGAUGUACUCUAACAUUAACCGGCAGGCCCAGGUGCAGGCGAAAUCGCAGAACCUUGUCCCCGAGUUCCAUUACACACCACCGACACCGUACUAUCCGGCACGGAUGAGCCCAGCAACCAAUGAACUGGCCACCGUACGUCCAGCACCACCGCCCAUGGCACCGGUUUACAGUGCCGCUGCCGCUACGCAAGCAGCACCUCCAUCGACGACGACGACAACGACGGCGUUACCCGGCACCGAAAGCCCUCUGCAGGACGCGGAACCCGAACACGAGAUGAUGCCCCAUCCGGAGGCGUACUCCUCGGAGCACAGCCCGGAGCAUCAUGCGCACUACGUGGUCGGUGGCGCAGGAAGCAGCUACGUCGAUUCGAUGCUCGAUAUGAUCAACUCGGCCUCGAUGCCGGAACACGGUCCGAGGAAGAAGCGAGCGGUAAUGAGCGCCAGUUCCGAAGAGGAUUUCGAUAAUGAAAUCGAUGUCGAUGAUGAUAACGAAUAUACGAAGGAGGUAGCGAAUACCGAGGGCACCGAUGAAGCUCCGGCGCAGACUGAGACUGACAGUAUGACGACAACGACGAUGAACCCCGAAGAGACGAGUACUACCGAAGGACAUCGUUACACCUGGGGUGACUUUAUACGUAACACGGUGGAGCGGAAGGUUCAGAUGGGUCUCCACUUCCUACAGCACGUCACCAUGGACUUCCAGCGAUACCUGAACGGAGUGCAGACGCACCUGGUCCACCACAGCAGCAGCACCGAACCUGCGGAACACCAAUAG